GCUGGCGGGGCUGGGGUCCAACUUGGGUCGCGCUGUGAUUCCCCGAAGAUGCGCGCCAGAAACAAGAGGUCACCGAACGUGACCACACUCAGAAACUACCGCAGCCAGAGCAGCUCCAGGAGCCGAUGGCGGCAGCAACUCAGCCCAACAGCAAGCACCGAAACUAAGGUCGUGCAGAUUUGGAUCGAGAUCCCCGCGCCAUCGUCCCUCGUCAACAAAAUGGCCUACGCCGAGCAGCAGCGCUGGAUCACGGUGCAGCAGAAGACGUUUACAAAAUGGCUGAACACCAAGCUGGAGGUCCGCAACCUCGAGGUCAAGGACUUGGUCCAGGACCUAUCCGACGGCGUCCUGCUCAUCCACCUGCUCGAGUGCUUGUCCGGCGAGUCGCUCGGCCGCUACGCCUCCAAGCCGAAGCUGCGAGUGCAACGCUUUGAGAACGCAAACCUAGCUCUCAACUUCAUCAAGUCGCGCGGGAUACAGAUGACCAACAUCGGCGCCGAGGACGUGGUCGAUGGGAACCGCAAGAUCAUCCUGGGCCUGAUAUGGACCCUAAUUCUCCGCUUCACUAUCAGCGACAUCAACGAAGAGGGCAUGACCGCCAAGGAGGGCCUGCUGCUGUGGUGCCAGCGCAAGACGGCGUGCUACGACGAGGUCGACGUGCGGGACUUCAGCGCCAGCUGGAACGACGGGCUCGCCUUCUGUGCUCUGCUUGACAUCCACCGGCCCGACCUGAUCGACUACGAUGCGCUCGACAAGUCGGACCACAGAGGCAACAUGCAGCUGGCCUUCGACCUCGCCCACAAGGAGAUCGGCAUCCCAAACCUGCUCGACGUCGAGGACGUUUGCGAUGUGGCCAAGCCCGAUGAGCGCAGUCUGAUGACCUACAUCGCCUACUGGUUCCACGCCUUCUCGCAAAUGGAAAAGGUCGAGAACGCGGGCCGCCGGGUUGAGAAGUUCGUCAACAACAUGCGGGGCGCUUGGGACAUGCAGAGCGCCUACGAGCGCAGGAUGGCGGCGCUGCUGAAGGCGAUCCGCGCCCAGAUGGAGAGCUGGCAGCAAUCGAAAUUCGAGGGAACCUACGCGGACGCGAAGGCGCAGGCGGCCGAGUUUGCCGCGUACAAAAAGGGGUUGAAGCGCGAGUGGGUGGCCGAAAAGAGCGAGCUGGCAACACUCUUGGGCAACAUCAAAACCAAGCUGGGCACAUACCGACUACGGCCAUAUGAACCGCCAGCAGAGCUCCGAUUGGAGGUUUUAGAUCAGGAAUGGGCCAACUUAACCAAGGCGGAGAUGGCACGGGGGCAGUUAAUAAAUGAGACCAUCAGGGACAUCAAAAACGCGCUACGAAAGUCCUUCGCCGACAAGGCGAACGACUUUGCGUUAGCACUCAACACCAUACAACUCGCCAUCUCAGGGCUAGAAGGCGACGUAGAAGACCAGCUACACCACGUGCGGAAGCUCUCGGAUAACCUUCCCCCCCUGGACGCCUUCCUCAAGACGAUCGCGGCCGUCGACGCCAAGUGCCAAGAGGCCAACAUCGAAGAGAACGACUUCACGACGUACACGUACGACGAGCUCUGCUACGAGCUCUCGCUCGUGAGCUCGUCCGUCGCCAAGAAGCUCGCCUUCCUCGAGAACCAGAUGGUGGCGCGCAACAUGACCAACCUCACGCCGAUCCAGCUCGAGGAGUUCGAGUCGGUCUUCCGGCACUUCGACCGCGACAACACCAACACGCUGUCCGAGCUCGAGUUCAGCGCCGCGCUGGCCUCGCUCGGCCUCAUCUUCUCCGAGGAGGAGAUGCACGACUACUUCGUCGACACCUCGGGCGGCCGCGACCGCGUCACCUUCGAGCAGUUCAUCCGCUUCAUGGUCGACGUGACCGAGGACCAGAACACGGCCGAGCAGGUCUUCCAGAGCUUCCGCGAGGUCGCCGACGGCAAGCCCUACGUCACCGAGAUGGACCUGCGCCACUCGCUCGUCCCCGACGACGUCAUCGAGAAGCUGGUCGAGAUCAUGCCCAGCCACCACGGGCCCGACAUGCAGGCCGACCGGGGCCAGCCGCAGUACGAUUAUAUCGCGUUUAUGGACAAGUUGAUGGGGGACGGCGGGGACCUGCAGGCCCAGCCGGCGAGCGGCCGGGUGAGUCCGUCGAAGCAGACAGCAAGGAAUGUCAAUGGCGUGCAUUGACGUCCCCGGGAGGACCGGGGAUGGGGCGGGGGCGUAAGUGGGAGGUGUAGGAUCUUCGCUCUGAGAGCGGGUCGCGCGGCUGUUUCGCUUCGCAUCUC